CCAAAAUGGACCCUUAGCAGCUUCUAUAAAAUUUAUAUAAAUAUAUUGAUUGAAAUAUUGCCACAUGGAGCCAAGUGUAAGCAAAAUCAUCCUAAUUCUUCUCCUUUGUGCACAUGUCACACUUUCUCAAGAUGAUAAAACAGUGUAGCAGAGAAGGUCAUAUCAGUAAAUUAUCUGAAAAUCAGACAUUUUUGAACUGGUCUGUGGCAGUUAUGAUUUUGACAGUUGGAAGAGAGAUUAAAAGGGUAUAGAGAGACAGACAGACAGAGAGACACUUCCUCUGAAGUCAUCUUUGUCAAGCUAGAUGAUGGUGUUUGAAGUGUGGAACUAAUAUGGUCAUAAUUAUUCUUCAAUGGCAAAGAAGAGGAGCUGGUUUGGUUGGAUAAAAAAGCUGUUUACUUGUACUGAACAGACAAAGAUAGCUAAGGAGUGGAGAUGGGAUUUGGGAAGGCUUGAACUUAAGCAAUAUCCUGCGCUUAUGGCAUCACAGUCACAGAGGACUCUUAGUGAGGCAACAGAAGAGAUUAAGAAUCGUGCUCUGAAUGUUGCCAUGGCAACAGCAGCCGCAGCUGAGGCUGCGGUUGCAGCUGCACAGGCUGCAGCUGAGGUUGUGAGGCUCACUGGUGCUUCAGAAUGUUGCCAUCUUUACAGGAAGUUGGACCCCAACUUGGCUGCCAUAAAGAUACAAAGUGCUUACCGAGCACAUCUAGCGAGAAAAGCAUUGCGAGCAUUGAAAGGAUUGGUGAGACUUCAAGCCAUUGUUCGCGGCCGAGCUGUGAGACGCCAAGCAGUUUCAGCUUUGAAGCAUCUACACGCCAAUAGAAAGAGGCGACCAGAGGUCCAUGAAAGGAUCCUUCUUGCUGGAGACAAAUUUUCCAAUGAUGAUCAGAGUAGAACAUCUGUCAGGGCAAAGAACUUAGAAGAAAAGGAACUAAAGCAUCAUGCGCAGCUUGAAGACAGCAUUCAGGGAGGGUGGAAUUACAGCAUACUUUCGAAGGAAGACAUGGAAACCAUAUUGUUAAAAAGGCAAGAGGCACAAAUGAAGAGAGAGCGCAUAAAGAAAUACUCGUACUCACACAGGGAGAGAAGGAAUACUUUCAUGCUGCAAGAUUCAUUAACCAAUGAAGAGUCUAGUACACAAAGAUGCAGGUUAGAACCUUGGGAAAAACAGGAUCUAUCAAAGCCGAUUUUUCGCCCAACAGAUAAUGAUGUGCAUGGAAUGGUGCAUGUUAAACUGAAAAAUUCAAGACACAAAGAGUUUGGAUUGAGUACAGAGUUUCCCCUUUUGAGGAAUUCAUUUUUCCAAGACAGAAGGAAUUCAUUUGGAGAUGAUGGUAUGAUGCCAAGUUCUCCAGUUUUUCCAACUUAUAUGGCUGCAACUGAAUCUGCAAAGGCAAAGACAAGGUCAAUGAGCAUACCGAAGCAACGAGUUGGAUUCUGGGAUGGUUGCUUGGAUGGAAACCAUCCACACAAGAAUAAGCUCUCCCUUUGUUCAUCUUAUGAUGGUGAAUCCAUUUGGCGCAAUUGAACAAACGCUGUUUGUCAAAAGACAGCCUUAAGAUUACAAAGUUGGUUUGUGUUUUUCAAACUCUUGAGGCUAAAUUUCAAUCAUCCUAGUGAUUCCAUAAGUUCUACUGAUCAUUCCAUGUUCUGAAAGUCAUUUUCCUGAAUUAUUUUGAUGGAGGAAGAGAGCUAUAUAAAACCUCUCAAGGGAUUAUUAAUAGUCUCUUGUUGCUGCUAGUCAAUCAUAAUCAUAUCCAAUGAACUCUGGUUUUUCUUUUUUAUAAUA